AUGAGUAUGAGUUUCUCGUUAUGCUCAACAUCUUCGGCGAUUUCAUAUCCGAGUGACAAUGUUCUGAGAUUCUCUGUGCCAAGCCGCUUGUUCUCUCGUGAAUUGGUUAGAUUUGACGAGAAAUGGAAGAAAAAAUACAUUUCUUUAUCUCGUGCUGCUGCGUCAAGACAAAUGGAAGAUUCGUUAGUUGCUAAGAAGAUUCUACCAAGAAGAGAGCCUCUAGAAAAAGUUGGUUUUGUGAGGACUUUGUUGAUCGAUAAUUAUGAUAGUUACACAUUCAAUAUAUAUCAGGCACUAAGUACUAUCAAUGGAGUGCCUCCUGUGGUUAUUAGAAAUGAUGAGUGGACGUGGGAAGAAGCUUACCAUUACUUAUAUGAAGAUGCUGCUUUUGAUAAUAUUGUUAUAUCACCUGGACCUGGUUCUCCUAUGUGCCCAUCUGAUAUAGGAAUAUGUCUUCGCCUUUUGCUUGAGUGUCGUGAUAUUCCAAUUCUUGGCGUCUGCCUUGGCCACCAGGCACUGGGUUAUGUCCAUGGAGCUCAUGUGGUGCAUGCCCCGGAGCCAGUUCAUGGACGGUUGAGUGGGAUUGAACAUGAUGGGAACAUAUUAUUUUCUGAUAUUCCAUCUGGGAGAAACUCUGAUUUUAAGGUAGUUAGAUACCAUUCGUUGAUCAUAGAUAAGGAAUCACUGCCAAAGGAACUUGUACCAAUAGCGUGGACGGUUUAUAAUGACACUGGUUCUUUCUCUGAUAAGAAUUUAUGUGUUCCUCUGAAUAACUCUGGGAGCUCACUGGGGGACGGAUCUGACAUUCUCAUGGGCAUCAGGCACUCUACUUUUCCUCAUUAUGGUUUACAGUUUCAUCCAGAGAGUAUUGCUACCACCUAUGGAAGUCAAAUAUUCAAGAAUUUCAAAGACAUAACUGUGGAUUACUGGAAUCGCUGCAAGUCUCCCUCUUUGCGUCGAAGAAACAUCAAUGACACCGCAAACAUGCAGGUGCAUGGUGCCAGUCAAUUGCUGAAAGAACUUUCAAGAACUAGAAGUAUAGGAACUGGUUGUAGCUACUAUGGAAGCCCUAAGAAGUCUCUGUUUUCUGCCCAGACAAACGGUGUAGACGUGUUCGAUCUGGUGGAUUUACCAUACCCAAAACCUAAUGUAAAAUUUCUGAGGUUAAAAUGGAAGAAGCUUGAACGUCUUGCACAUAAAGUUGGUGGAGCAAGAAACAUUUUCAUGGAACUCUUUGGCAAGAACAAGGGGAGUGAUACUUUUUGGCUAGAUACUUCAACUUCUUCUUGUGACAAGGCUAGAGGGCGGUUUUCUUUCAUGGGAGGUAAAGGUGGAUCCCUCUGGAAGCAGUUGACAUUUAGCUUAUCUGAUCAAAGCGAGAUUACAUCUGGACACCUUCUAAUUGAAGAUGCUCAGAGUUGUACUGAGAAACGUUUCUUGGAAGAAGGCUUUCUCGAUUUCCUACGUAAGGAGCUUUCAUCAAUCUCUUAUGAUGACAAGGACUUCGAAGGCUUGCCUUUUGAUUUUUGUGGUGGAUACGUUGGUUGUCUUGGGUAUGAUCUCAAAGUCGAAUGUGGAAUGCCAAUGAAUCGUCACAAAUCCAAAGCUCCAGAUGCAUGUUUCUUCUUUGCGGAUAACAUCAUCGCCAUUGAUCAUCAACUCGAUGACGUUUAUGUGUUAUCUCUUCACGAACAAGGCACCGAAGAAACCUCUUUCCUCAACGAUACUGAAGAGAAGCUCAAUAGCCUGAGGGCUUCGAAACACCAAACAACUCUUCCUGCUGUAGCUCAACUACCAUCUCAAUGCAAAGCAAGAAGUUUCGUCCCUGACAAAUCACGAGAGCAGUACAUCAACGACGUCCAAAGCUGUUUGCAGUACAUCAAAGACGGAGAGAGCUACGAGCUUUGUCUCACCACUCAGAACAGAACGAGAACAGAGAAGAACACUGAUCCUCUGGGACUUUAUCUCCACUUAAGAGACAAGAAUCCAGCUCCUUACGCAGCUUUCCUCAACUUCUCGAACGCGAAUCUUUCUUUAUGCUGUUCGUCUCCUGAGAGGUUUCUUCAGCUUGACAGAAAUGGAAUGCUUGAAGCAAAGCCUAUCAAAGGCACUAUAGCUCGCGGCUCCACACCUGAAGAAGAUAAACUUCUCAAAUCGCAGUUAAAACUCAGUGAGAAGAAUCAAGCUGAGAAUCUGAUGAUUGUGGAUCUACUAAGGAACGAUCUCGGUCGUGUAUGUGAGCCUGGUUCGGUCCAUGUACCGAACCUAAUGGACGUGGAGACGUACACAACGGUGCACACUAUGGUGAGCACAAUCCGAGGGAUGAAGAGAUCAGAUAUUAGUCCGGUGGAGUGUGUAAGAGCGGCUUUUCCUGGAGGUUCGAUGACCGGUGCACCGAAGCUAAGAUCGGUGGAGAUUCUUGAUUCUCUUGAGAACUGUUCGAGAGGGCUUUACUCUGGCUCGAUUGGGUAUUUUUCGUAUAAUGGUACGUUUGAUCUGAAUAUUGUGAUAAGAACGGUCGUGUUACAUGAAGAUGAAGCUUCCAUUGGAGCAGGAGGAGCAAUUGUUGCUUUGUCGGAUCCAGAAGAUGAGUUUGAGGAGAUGGUUCUUAAGACUAGAGCUCCUGCUAAUGCGGUUAUGGAGUUUUGUAGUGGAUCAUCGUUAUUGUAA